AUGUCACGCACCAUCGUUGAAUUUAUCCCUUGGGACGCCGAAUCGGCGGAGCACAUAGACAGGUUGGUCCAGCAACGAGUAGACUGCGGAUGGCAUUCUCGGCUUGUCGAUGGACCGUGGAAGGAAGCUCAGCAAGCAGGUACUAAGUGUAUUUACUGGAUCGUGCUUUCCAAGGAUGACGCAAACUACAGUUCUCUCAUCCAAAAACACGUAUCUGCAUUUCCACAGCAAGAAACCCCUUUACAGGACUCAUGCGGCCGCAUUGGUAACAUGAAUCGUCUCCCGACGGGCAAGAGCUUCAUUCCUGUCGGCCAUGCCUCGCUAGAUACCGAGUCACCUGGGGUGGAGGAACUUAACCUCGACAUCCCCGGUUCGGGUGUCGUUUGGCUCAAGACAGGUUAUGUAUCCAGGGCUCUCCAGUCCAGCGGGAUUGGACGGGCGAGUAUGGACGCUCUUGAGGUUAUGGUCAAGUCAGAGCCACUUUACGCCCAGAUUCUGAUGCUGGAUACACUAAGCAAAGAUGAUCAUAAGAGGGAGGACAUUGCAAAUGCUUUCUUCUCCGGCAAGAUUCCCAAGGUUUCAAAUGAAGAGUGGUUCCAGUCACGAGGAUAUAAAACGAUCAAAACCGUCCCAAACUUUUACAACGAAAAGGACAGCACGGGUCGACCUUUGGAAGCAAGGACUGUCUUCAUGAGACGAGAUCUCAAAGGAAGCACACCGCAUCUUUAG